UAAUUCCAGAUCAAUACAGGUAUACGGAUAAACAGGUGUGGGUUUACAGACGGAGGGGGAAGUUUAAUUGUUAUAUACACCUGAGCCUAAAAACUUCCUUUUUAACAGUAUGGCUGGGAUCUAGGAAGGCGAAGUCCGCGCUUAGCGUUCUUCUCAGGCUAGCUAUUUCAGCCACAGAGGAACAGACUGAAUACAAGCACAGCCGCCAAUACAGAAAAUGAACCACUACUCCCGCGACCCGUAUUACAACGCAGGUCACCGUGCCCCUAACCCGGCCUACCAGUGGCCUCAGAGGAUGUACGGAGCCAAUCCCGCGGAGUCCGCCGUCCCCACCAGAGACUACGAUGACAGGGACGACUAUAGGGCAAGGACCAAUGACAUGACCUUUGACCGCUUUGAUGCUCAGGAAUCUGUGGGCGCGUCCACUGCGGGACAGUACACCUAUUCCCGGAACAUAGAACGCAAAGAAGAGGACCGCAGUUGGAGCUGGCUAGCUACAGUUUGGUCACUCGUCACCACCAUGUGUAUCCUUCCGCCAUGUGGAUUUGUAGCACUACUUUGUUCGAUCCAUGCGUACGUGGAUCACAAAACGAAGGACUAUGCUGGACUAAAGCGGAAAAAUCGAUGGGCACUGGCCAUAAACCUCAUUUCUGCUCUUCUUGUUAUCAUUUUUGUUGCUGUGUUUUUUGGAGUGGUUUAUGGACUUCCGGUGGAUGCAAAUCUUCCAACAUGGAUUCGCAGUUUUCGGAAUACAACCACCUCCAAAUGAACAGUUUCCCGACUUUCAGGAUACUUUUUGGGGGCAUAAAAACUCCAGAUCGGAAAUUGGUCUAAAUCUUUAGUCAAAUUUUAAGCCUACUUUGACAUAAGUAUAAAACAAAAAGUCUGCAUCUGUUUCAAAACAAGCAACGCAUGGCUAAUGAUACUGACCAGUUCUUAUAUUUUAUACAGUUAAGCUUAUCUGGAGUCUAAAAGCUUCAACUGGUUUUCGUUCUCAAGUAAUUUUAUAAAAGCGUUUUCCGGAAAAUGAAGCCGUCAGAUCAAAAUACGAUUGGCAAGGGAAAGAAAGCGUAAAGCACGUGUUGUUCUAGCAGGGAUGUACCUAUCUAUAUAUGAUUUAAGACUGGUAUAUAUAGUUUAUUUUAGAUAGUCGAGGUAACGGGUCUUGUUUAGACAUGAUUUCUGAAUAUCCAGGUUACUAAAAUGAGUAUUUAUGCAUAUAUUUUUUCCAUAUUUUAUAACAUCUCGUCUUAAAAAAAUGGAGGUUUGGUAUGGUAGGCCUAUUUCAUUCGUGUCCUGAAAGAUACCUCCGGAUGACGUAUAAGAAUAAUUUAUUAUGUACAAUUACGCGAAAGGCAGGAGAAGGCUGUGGCAAUCUUUAACCCCAAUACAGACGUUUUUGGAUACGUUCUUGGAUCGGAUAAGCCCCGAUGCUUUCAAUUUUACAACUGUAUUAUUGUUACUGUUUUCUCAACUAAGUUACAUUUAUUUUUCUCAUAAGAAGUAAUUUAUAGAAUUCAGUUAUGGUAGAUCGCAAACUGGAACAAUGUAACAUUGGCAUAAUAUAUGAAUAUACAUGUAAUUCUUUUCCAUUAUUUUACGACGGAAAUGAUUAUAAAUAUAUGUUAUUGAUAUUAUAUGAUAAUAUACACUAAGCAGGGAACAGUUUAAAGAUAAAGAUGUUGAAUAUUUAAGCGAAACCCUUCAUGAAAAAAGGUUUUGCUUGCCUUAUCGCUAUCAGUUAGUAGAUAUCCUAGAUUGUCUAUAUACCGUUACUAGUAUUAGCUCAUUUAUGGCUGUAUCUGUACGUUUUCAUAUUAAUUACAAUUCUUUCAGGCAAGAAUGCAAUUCAAUAUCGUCUAGUAUGUGUAGCCUUAAUGCAGAUUUCUUUUUGUUUAUUUUUUAAUAAUAUUUAUUAUUCAUUCAUGUUAUUUGAAUACGUUAGAUAUGAUGACUUGAAUGGCACGUAGUACACAUCGUACUUUUACUUCCUUAAAAAUUGUUUAAUCAAUGGAAGUGUCAGGAUUUACUUUUUAUCGCAUAGUUAUUGUUACAUGUGCCAGAAGAAUGUGUUGAAAUAAUAAGGAUCGUAAAAAACGCCAGGUUUUUUCUAUUCAUUAAAAUAAAUCAGA